GAUUCAAUGAAUGACGUGGAUAUUGGGCUUUGCAAUGUCCGUGUAGUAGCGACUCUGUGAUUCAGCUUCUAGUAUUUUUACGCUAAUAACUAUUAUUUAGGUAAUCGGUCUCACCAGUAAGCUGCGGACAGUGAAGGAGGUAGCCUAGGCAAUCGCAACAUACAUUUAGCGCAACUAGAAUUUGCCACCAGAAACUCUAAAUAAGAACCUAGGAGCUGUAUGCGUGUUUUUCGUAGCUAGCGACAGCUAGAGUAACUAACUAGCUAGCAGCCUACUGCAAUCUUGGUUUCAAAAUUCAUUUUCAUAGCGGACCUGAACAAUGCUCAGACUUUUGUGGAUUGACAGUCUUUACAUCUGAUCGCACUUCACAUUUCUAACUUACUUAACAUCAGAGCUUUACGAACUAUCCAGAAGGUGACGCUGACUACUGCAACUUCACAAAAUGAGAGCGAAAGCAAAGUUUGAAAAUAUUCGGGACAAAAUUGAUGGCAAUGAGGUAGACCUCAGUCUUUGCAACCUCACGGAUGUCCCCGUCAGAGAGCUGGCGGCUUAUCCCAAAGCCACAAAACUGGAUCUCUCCUGCAACAAUCUGAUCACACUCCCACCCGAGUUCUGUGGUCUGACUCAUCUGGUGCGGAUCGACCUAAGUAAGAACCAGCUGACGAGCCUCCCUGAAGACCUUGGCCUCCUCAGUAGCCUGAACCACCUGGACCUCUUCCAGAACAAACUACAGACACUCCCUGUUAGCUUCUCACAGCUCAGGAGUCUGAAAUGGCUGGACCUAAAGGAUAACCCUCUUGAGGCAACUCUGGCCAAAGCUGCUGGUGACUGUCUGGAUGACAAGCAGUGCAGGCAAUGUGCUGUCAAGGUACUGCAGCACAUGAGGGUCCUUCAGGAGGAGGCGGAUAGGUUGAGAGAGAAGCAUCUGCUCAGACAGAGAGAGCUGGAGCUGAAGCGUGAGGCCAAGCAGAGGGAGCGGGAGGCGAAGGAGAAGGAGGUGCGGAAGCGAGAGAAGGCGGAAGAGAAGGAGAGGAAGAGGAAGGAGUACGAGGCCCAGCAGGCCGCUCUGGCCGCCCAGGAGCAGCAGAAGAAGAAGAGGGAAGAGAAGAAGAAGAGAGCCGCAGCCGCCGCAGAUAAGAAGAAGGUGGAGUCUGUGGUGGUGGUGCGUUCUCAUUGGUCAGUGUCGUCCAUGCUGUUCCGGUUCCUGCUCCUGCUGCUGCUGGGAGUGGGCAGCUCGGUGGCGGUGUGUCACCUGACCGCGCUCCGCGACGAGGAGGUGUGCGCGCCGCUCCGGAUGCUCCUGCAGGGGGCGCUACAGUGGGCUGAGGGCCAGGAGCUACUGCAGCCCAUCCUACAGAAAAUCUCGGCCCUCACUGCCUCCAGCCCAGCCCUCUGACCGCAUCCCCCGACAUCCACCACACACCCACUGGGCUCAGAGAGUAGCCAGCCCCUCUUCCUCCUCAAUCUAAUAAGGUACUUGUGUGGGUAUCAUCCGUAUCAGGUUAUCAUCCGGCACAGAUGAUGCCCACACUUGCAUGCUGCUCAGACAAACCCUAACAUUUAAAAGUUGGGCGGUGUUGGUUGCAGUCUAGAAUGUUCUGAUGACCAACUGAUGAACAGCAACCAAAUCCAAACAAACACUAAACAGUUGGGUCAGUGUGCGCAGUCAGUCUGAUGGUGUGUGUUGGUGUUUGUUAGAUGAAGUUGUCCAAGUUUGACAUGUCCAAAAGGCAGUCUUGUCAAUCACUGUCUGGUCAGAGUGGACAUAGCAGUAGGUGUUCUGAACAUUCAAAAGACCGCUACCAACAACUUCCAACUUUAGAAUGUUUGGGGUUCGUUGUCUGAGUAGUUGCCAAGCACCUUAACACCCCCUUGUGACAUCAACAGCAUCUCUCUGCAGCCAUGCCCUCCCUAUGCUCACCCAUCUCCGAGAGACCAGCAAACCCCUCCUCCAGCCUUUGGCCCCAGCUAGUGACAUCACAUCCUGUCAGUCAUACACAUUUCAACAUGCCCUCGCCAUAGGACAUCCCAAGCCUCUGAUCCCUCCCUCCGGCUGUCACUCAAAGGGCUCAGUCUGAGCCUGGCUAAUCAGAUUGGGGGCUUGGCUCAGUGGACGUGGCAAAUUCUAGAAAGGUGUGGUUGUCAGGGAAAGAGGUGUUGCCAUCAGCAUAAAUUCCUAUGGAAUUGUCUCUGCUGGUUCUUCCUCGUUCUGGUUUUAACCAAUCACAGUGAACUUUUGCUGACACACGCUUCUAGCUUAGCAGUCUCAGGGGGCCAAGCCCUGCUGCCACUUCUGAAGUGCCACUAUCAGUAACUGCCAAUCAGAAACAUUGCCGCCCAGUCACGUACCAACGUCAACUGUCCGUGGCUGUGACUGCUACUGCUGCUUCUGCCUUUAACUGUGCUAAAAGUCCUCAGGGCGGUCCUACUGUACAUCUCACGCUGAUGUGUGUGUCUGUGUGUGUCUGUGUCUGUCUUGCCUGUAACUGUGCUAACAGUCCUCAGGGCUGUCUCACAUCUCACGUUAAUGAGUGUGUGUGCGCGCGCAUGCAUGCCUGUAACUGGUAUCAGUCUUAACUUCAGUCUGAUAUGCUAUACUAUUAAGUGUGUGUGUGUGUGUGUGUGUGUGUGUGUGUGUGUGUGUCAGUCAAACUGACUGGGGACUGCAGCUUGAGUAAAAAGGUGAACCUGCA